AUGAGCAAAGAAAAAGGUGAAAGCAUGGCUGAUAAAAAGAGAAAAUCUGAAACAAUUAAUAUAAUAAGGCAUGUAGGCGAUAGAUUAACGGAAUUAAAGAAAAUAUACAAUGAUGUUAAUACAAGGAAGUCAGAAAUGUUAAUCCAUCAGUUAUUGCCAAAUCAUAUACGAAGAAGAGGAAUGUCACACAAUCCAAAAAGGCUGCCUAAACGAUACAGAGCUGCUCAUAUCAAUCAAAUGCAGAAAUCUGGACUGGAAAAUAAGCCUAAGAAGAGACCAUCCAGAAAAUAUCGACGCAGACCAGCUAAUUUAAUGAAAGAAUAUUGUAGACGAAAACUUAAGAAUGUAUGGCUUGAAACUCAUAUUUGGCAUGCAAAACGGUUUAAAAUGAAGGAUCUAUGGGGCUAUAAAGUUCCAUAUUCAUCCACAAACAAAAGAUAUAGAGCAUCAUAUAAAGCAAUUAAAAGUCACUGUCUUAUUCAGGAUAUUAGCUACUAUUCAUGCAUAGAAGUUACUGGUGAGCUGCCAAUAUUGACUGAAAGGCUGUCUAAAAUCGCAUCAAAAGAUUGUGGAUUAACAUUGACAGCAAAGUGUUAUUUAAAUGGAACUAGAGAAGGUCAAGCUACUGUUUUUAAGAAAGAUUCGUAUCCAUACAAUGCAAUAGCACAAAUCUCAUUUAUUUGGAAACAGAAUGAUGAAUCUCGAAAGACCAUCUGGAUCUUUGUUCAUCCAAGUGCUUAUAAAGAGUUAUUAAAGGAACUAAUCGAGCUUUUUGAGACAGUAAGUGUUCAGAAUUUAAAAUCGACAUUAAUAAGAAAUCCAAAGUAUUUAAAUUCAGCUAUAAACGUUGAGAUUAUAGAAUUAAAAGAUACGCUUAAUAGAUAUCGAUUAACUGGACCAUUCUCGAAUUCAGUAAUUACUAAAACAUUCAGCAUGGCUGAUAAAAAUCAAAAUACAUGGCUGAAAACCUACAUUAAUGAUAAUCCACACUAUGCUGCAAGUUAUGAGCAACAAGUGGCUAUUUAUGAUAGUUUAAGGAACACAUCGUCAGCAUUUGAGUAUCAAACUAGCGGUGUUUUAAGUCUUAUAGUCACAGAUCCGAGAACAAACCGUUUAAAUGCACAAAAAAUCUUCCGUACCCAAAAUGAUUCAUUUAAUAGCGGUAAUUAUGUACUAAAUAUACCUAAAACAGCAUCAUGCUCUCCUUUAUGGAACAAGGAACUUCGUGAUGAGAUAUUUAAAACUAAAUUACCAAACAGUGAAUUAAAUAAAUUACGGAAUGAGAAGCAAUUACUUCCAGCCGUUGCUGCACCAUUUGAAAAAACCUUACAGCCAAUUCCCAUUAUUUUAAUACAGCGCGGACAUUUAUCAUCAUUAAAUGAUAGAAGAAGCAAUAACUUGGGUGAUGGAUGGGAUAUAAUUGUUCCUGCUGGUUAUGGACUAAGCACUUGGCUGUCACUUAUUAAAUUUGGUGCACGAGUUGUUGCUGGAUUUGAGGAAGAAAACUUAAUUAUGAAUGAGAUGAAAGUUGACAUUUUUCAGCCAGACACAGUGAUGGGAAUUAAGGAAUAUGAGCGCAUUGGAAUCGACGAGACGGAAAAAUAUUUUAAAAAGCCACCAAAUAAGCGCAUUAAUUACAGAAAGUUCAAGAUUUCAUCGCCAUUUUCACUUCCAUUUAUGAAAUUAAUUAAUGAAUGGAGAAAAGGAACUGACGACUUUUAUAUCCUAAGAAACAAGUCACUGUUAAAUGAACUUAAUGUUGCUGUUCAUAAAUCCACAGAUUUUAAUUUCGACAAGAUUGAUUCUAAUGCCUUAAUUCCAAUUUUCAUGACCAAUAACGGUGAAUAUAGAAUGUCGAAAGACUGCAAUUUUGGACUCAUUUGCUUGCCACGAUGUAGAGACAUCAAAAGAGCACUAGAACUAGAUUAUACAAAAACUAAGGAACCAAUUUUAAUUGAGGAAAGUGGACAUGAUGAAACGGAAGGAAUGCGCAAAAAUGUCAGAUUUAAUCACAAGAAACUAUUGAAAAGAUUAAGGAACCGACGUGUAAAGGCGAAAAGGAAGCUCCAAGCUGUGUCUGAGAAAUUUGUCAAGAUUCAAAAGAGUCAAACUAAGGAUAUGAUUGAAAAGUACUUUAAGGAUAUGUGCGAUUUGUGGCUUCCAAGUAAAAGUUCAUCAAUUAGACAUCAAUGUUCGCGAGAAGUCAUUGGAUAUAUAUCAAAGUCUUAUUUUAGAUUCACAGACGGUAAAGUUUGUGCUAUUGGAUAUUUGACAUGUGAUGGAUUGAAAGCUUUAAUGGAUAUUUUUAAAAAGUUUAAAAAAUUAAAGCCAUUUGUUCUUACUAGAGCUACAAACAGCAAGAACUAUUUUAAAGCCAAUUUUCAUGUUAAUUUUUGA